UAUCCAUUCGGCCCACUGAUUCGGCCAGUUUUCUUCAUCCAUCCAGUUGUCGCUGUAGGUUAACCAAGAUGGCGGCCCCCACGCGCGUCGAAAUCUCUGCUCCGAGCCAAUUUCCUCCCGAACUGAAGGACCGUGCCCAAAAUUUCCACUCUGCUCUGAAGAAGGUGCAGGACAUUCUGAAGCCUUUCCUAGUCAGCAGUCUCGACGAUUCCACCAACGAACUGCUUCCACUGGACAAAGCCAGGCUGGAUCUCACCAUCCUGUAUGCCAUGAACUCGUUGUUCUGGAUGUACCUCAGCACAACCGGCGAAGACCCAAAGCAGCACGGAGUGCGUCGUGAAUUGGAGCGCAUCAAGGAGUACAUGGUGCGAGCCAGGCAGAUAGCAGACAAGGCAAAGGCGCCCAAGCUGGAUCAGGGUGCAGCGCAGCGGUUCGUCAGAAACUCCCUCUGGCAACCCAAGGACAAAGAAGAAAAUGGCGCCGAAAGCACUCCAGCCCCCCACAAGAGACCUGAGUCAUUGACAAGGACACCGAGGGGGCCCCCAGAAAAACGGAAAAGGCGCUGAGACCGGCAACGACGCAACGGCAGUGUUCGCAGCCAAAAAGUACUCUCAAACCGACAAUCGCCGCUGCUAAAGACACUUCGCCGAGUUGUGCCGACAGUUUUCUCCGCAAGUCAGGAUAAAACUUCCGACGCCAACACCUCCUCUUCAAUCACAGUAACGGUGGUCUCCAUAGAAUUCCUCAGUCCAUCAAGAUGCUCUCAGAGUCUGGCCGUUGCAACAUCUUUUCGGCGAAGGUGUUGUAAGCGUCGACCGUGUCUGCACCCAGUUCUGCCAGCUUCUCUUCGACGCUCGACAUAUAUCCUCUGUCUGUAAGAGAGGAAAACGGUCUGGAUGACAUCAACAGUGACGUGCAUGCCAAAGAGCAUGCGUAUCGAUAGCUGACUUUUGUAUUUGCGUGGCAUGAUCUAUAUCUGGCUGUGAAGACAUGUUUCCUCUUUUCCAGGAAUGAAAGGUCUUCUACACUCUGCGGACUCGGUAUAGAGCUUGUGAUUACAACAUUUGCAAGCUUAAUAUUGAGUCCAUUUUUAUAAUAUUAUGCGAAUAACUUUUAUCGGUUAUGCUGACAGAGACAUAUUAAUGUGGAUGUCAACGCUUUCCUUCUUAAGAAUGUUUUGCACAAUAAAUUCUUUUCACUAUUGGCCUA